CACAAUAUGCUAUAAUUUUGGAUUUUGGUUCCCAUGAUGUUAAUGCCAUGUUGAUUUGGCACAGGGAAAAUAUGAGCAACAGUAUGAGAGUACAGAAGAAUUCAAGCAAGAGCUAAAAUUGAAGGUUCGAGAAAUAUUAACAGAACAAGAAUGGAGGAGGAGAAAGAUGCAGAUGAGGAUUUCUGAGGAAGAAGGCAGAUUGAAGAAAGAUUUCUGAGGAACAAUAUUCUCGCUUACUUCUUGGUUUGUUUGUAUGUUUGUUUGUAUAUGUUUGUUUGUAUGAAUAUUGACUUUCUCAAUGUCUUCUUUCAUUUGUCUGGAACUGGGAUUGGGGAGUUGGAAACUAACUUGUUUUGUUUGACAUUGUUGUUUCGUUCUGUUUAUGUGGAUUGAUGGUAAAUGAACUUUCCCCAUUCAUGGUAUCUGGCACAUGCUGACGUGCGUACUUAUAAUGGAGUUUGGACUAGUUCCCAUGUUGGUGAUUUUGUGUGUGUUACUUCUUUUGCAGGCGAUAUGAAAAAGCAUCUGGUGGCAAUAACCGGUUUGCAGCUUGAAGAGCAGAGACUACUAUUUCGAGGUAAGGAGAAGGAUGAUGAUGAGCAUUUGCAUACCGCAGGGGUGAAGAAUUUGUCAAAGAUUUUACUCUUGGAGAACAAGACAAACAAGCAGAGGAAGGUCGUGGAAGAUGUUAAGGUGGUAGAAGAGGUCGAGAGAAGUGGUGAGCUUUCGAAGGCAUCAGCAGCCAUUGCUGAUGUUCGGUCUGAGGUUGAUAAGCUUGCAGAUAGGGUUGCUGCCUUGCAAGUAGCUGUUAAUGGUGGCACAAAUGUUGAAGAUAAAGAAUUCGUAGUAUCAACGGAGCUGCUGAUGAGACAACUGUUGAAAUUAGAUAGCAUUGAUGCUGAAGGGGAAGCAAAGUUGCAGAGAAAAGCCGAGGUUAGUAUUUAAACAUUGAUGGUCCUUGUUGGGCAGUUUGACCAUGCUGAUCGUCUAUUCAAUAGCAUUAGAGAUACUUGGAUAAGUGCAGCUGGAAAGGGAAACACGUCAGACGUGAAGGAACUCAUUCCAGAAUUCUUUUACAUGCCAGAAUUCCUCGAAAAUACGUUCAACCUUGACUUGGGAGAGAAACAAUCUGGAGAAAAGGUUGGUGAUGUUGUCUUACCUCCAUGGGCCAAUGGCAGUGCUAGGGAGUUCAUCAGGAAACAUAGAGAAGCAUUGGAAUCCGACUUUGUUUCGGAAAAUUUGCAUCAUUGGAUAGACCUCAUCUUUGGAUAUAAGCAGAGAGGGAAGGCAGCAGAGGAAGCUACCAACGUGUUCUAUCAUUACACAUACGAGGGGAGCGUGGAUAUAGAUUCAGUGACUGAUCCCGCAAUGAAAGCCUCCAUUCUAGCACAAAUUAAUCACUUUGGCCAGACACCCAAACAACUGUUCCUUAAGCCCCAUGUCAAAAGGCGGGUUGA